AGCGAUGGAUACCAAAAGACAGGAUGCUACAAUCUCCUGUGCGGCGGUUUUGUUCAGACGAACAACCAGUACUCUGUAGGUGGAUCCUACAAUACCGUGUCAGAAUACGACGGAGCUCAACUAAGUCUCAACCUACUUAUAUGGAAGGACCAAAAAACAGGAAACUGGUGGCUAAAGAUAAAUGACAAUGACAUUAUCGGGUACUGGCCCGGCUCGUUGUUCAAUUCUCUAGGAGAUGGAGCUAUAAAAGUUGAAUGGGGAGGCGAAAUCUUCACGCAAACCAGUAAGACACACACAACCACCGAUAUGGGAAGUGGGCAUUUUGCAGAGGAAGGGUUUAAGAAAGCGAGCAAUGUACGAAAUAUUAUGAUAGUUGAUGGGACAAAUGCUCUGAGAGAACCAUAAGGACUUUACUCCGUUGCUGAUAAUCGUAAUUGUUACAACGUUGUAGCAGGAAAUGGUGGAACUCCCUUUGGUACUCAUUUCUUCUAUGGUGGUCCUGGUCAGAACGCUAUGUGCCCUUGAUCUGAUCUGUGUGUUCAAAGAAGCUUUUGAGAUUUCGAAUCUAUGUUUGAUCCUAUCUUUAAUUAUAGUUAAGUGCUCUUUAUCUAUGUGUAAGGUUUCAUAUAUAGUUUAUAAUAAAGAACAUUUAUGUUUGUUCCA